AGAUGCUCUCUGCCCUUCCCCCGCAGCCCCUCCCGCGACACGACCAAGACGCUCUCUACCCAACAAACACAAAUGGCACCCUCCACCAGCAGCUCAGCCCGGAAACGUACCGCGAACAGAGGCUCGCCGCACAGUUGAUGCAUCUCGCAUCACAAUUCCACUACAGCGACUACCAUCAGGCCAAGUUUGGUCCGGCUGGCUCGCCGCUCACCUACAUCCCUCUCUCCGUCCACGUCCCCGAGCACUUCAGACAGCUCCGCGACCGCCAGCUCAUCUUCACGCGCGACCAGCAGGCGUGGUGGGUCUGCGAACGCGCACAUCCUCUCCUGCCACCCUCAAUCGGAGGAGCACCUGUCAUCGACGCCCACGCUAGCACUGACAGCGAAUUGCCAACCGUCCACUCGGACACGCCCGUCACCCUCAAAACAGCUUCUCCAGAUCUCUCCCUCGAUCUCUCUGCUGCCAUCGACACUCCACUCACCCCCGUCAAUGUCUUCUUCUUGGGCAACGGCGAGCCUCAGCUCAAGACCUCCGAAUCGCAUCCUAUCAAUGUCUCCAUGAUGAUACCCUCCGAGCUACUCGGCACUAUAUCCCUCCACCUCACCCUCUCCAAACAACCCAACCCCACCCUCUUCGACAUCCACCCCGCCUUCUCUCUCGACAGACUCACCGCCUACAGCCCCUCCACCACCUCCCUCCCCCGUCAACCCUCAUUCCCACCACCUCCCCCACCUCCACAACGGAACAUAUACCCAAUAGAUACCUCGAUCCCGAAAGAGACCGGCGACUGUCCAACAUCCCAGUUUUUAUGGAACAGAACAUCCGUACAAUUCGCGCUCCGAGCUGCACUCGCUUCCGAUAUCGAAAAACAUACCCCGUGCGGACCUGGAAUCGCACAACCACAGCGAACACGAUCCCAAACUUCAGCACACUCACCAAACCCCAAACCCUCCCCUUCCCCUCUCAAAUCCAAUCUCAAACCCACGCAAAUCACCCCCUCAUCCAUGCCUCCCCCUCCCCUCCCUCCUUCCACCCUCCCCCGGCCUCCCCUUCCUCAGCUUCCCACCCACCCCCCCAAAACAUUCACCCCAUCACCCACCCCAGCCCCAGCCCCCCACCUCCCCCUAAUCCCCCCCCUCUCCUUCGGCAAAAUGGACAUCCUAGGCGAAAUCCUCGCCACAGCGGACCAUACCCAACAUUACAUGAACAUGAACAUGUAUCAACACGGUCGAAUGCCACCUGCCUUUUUGGGGAAACAUGAUCGGACGUUCUCGGCGCCGCCGGUUGUGUUUAAGGCUAUGAUGGAGGGGGGUGGGGGAUUGGGGUUGGGUGGAGGUGGGAAUGGGAAUGGUGGUGGGGAUGGAAAGGUGGGGAAGGGGGGGAAGGGGAAUGGGGAUGGGGGGAAGGAGGGGAUGGGGAUGGGUGGCGCGAUGGGGAUGGGAGGUCAGUUGAGUAUGUUUAGGUAUCCGUAUGCGAGACCACCAUCCCAACUGCAACGCACACUCCCCCCUACGGAUCCAUUAACUGCAUCCGAGCCACUCGCCGCACCUGAAGGCGAGGCCGAACAGGAGCACGAGGCGGGGGAUCAACCACCCGUACCACAGAGGCCUAAACUGCAACAUGCAGCCACUACGCCUGCCGAUCAUGAAGCCAGCAGCUGCAAUGGUAAUGUCAAUGGCGCGAGUAUAGUCCCUAGUGUACCCACCAUCCCCGAAUCACCGUCCGAAUCUGCGCCGCCGCCGCCUUAUCAGUUCACACCCACACCCACACCCACAUCCUUGAAUGAUACGGAGGGAGAUGCGGAUGCGGAUGCGAAGUGUGAGCGGGAGCGGGAUGGGGACGAGUUGAUGGAGGGAACGACAGGGACGGGGACGGGGAUGGGGACGGGGACGCCGUUGGUGGGGAAUUUAUUCUUGAGUUCGUGUCCGGGGAAGAAAGUGAGACUGAACGGCCCCGUUCGCGGACGCGGGACGGUGAGAAGGGACGUGAAGCAGGAUCUGAAUAGGAUGAAGGAGAUGGGGGUGGGAUGUGUCGUUUGUUGCUUGGACGACGACGAACUUGGUUUUUUGGGCGCGCCGUGGGACGAGUAUUCAGUCGCGGCGGCGGAAUUGGGACUUGAUGUUCUCCGCAUCCCAAUCCCCGAAGGCCUCGCCCCCCUCUCCCCCUCCUCCCUCGACACCCACCUAACCCGCCUCAUCGAAACAUAUACGUUGAACGGCGUGCAUGUGCUCGUGCAUUGUAGAGGUGGGGUGGGGAGGGCGGGGUUGAUUGCGUGUUGUUGGAUGUUGAGGUUGGGGCUUUGUGGGUGGUUGGGUGCUGUGACGAAUGCGAAUGGGACGAAUGGGGGUGGGGGUGGGGUAGGUGGGAUCGGUGGGAAAAGGGGAAGGGGGUCAACUGGAAAUGCACUUACGCCUACGCCGACGUCUAUCUCGCAGUCCUCCAUGGACGUCGACGCUCCGUCUCCCCCCACUCUGGACGCUCCAACUCCAACUCCAACAACGGACAUAAACGAAACCUGGAGCGACAAACUGCGACAGCAGGGCGUACGGAAAGACGCGCUCAGGCUGGUGGAGAGGGUGAUCUCGGUGGUGAGGAGGCGGAGGAGCCUCAAAGCUGUGGAGACGUAUGAGCAGGUCAAGUUUUUGGUGGCUUAUGUGGAGUUUAUGAGGGAGGGGGUGGGGAGGGAGGCUAGGAAGUAGAGUGAGGUGGGGAUUGGGGGUGGAGAGGUGGAGAGGUGGAGGUGAUAUGAUAUAGGGAGGGUA